GCUUUUAUUUUGAAAAAUCUCCGUUCACAAUGUACAGGAAGGUUUUGUACUAGUUGUAGCUUCACGCAUCUGGAACUGCAAUCCAAAACAUCAGGUACUUAGGGUUAAUUCAUGCAUUAAUUCAGAUUUGGUGUGGACGGAAUGGAGGUCCGCUUCACGCGAGGCAAAUCUGCGAUCUUGGAGCGCUCGCUCACGCGUCCCAAGUCGGAGGUGAGCGUGAGCGCGUUCGCGUUGCUCUUUUCAGAGAUGGUCCAGUAUUGCCAGAGUCGCGUGUACUCGGUAUCUGAGCUCCAGGCCAGGCUGGCUGACAUGGGUCAAGGUGUUGGAGCCAGUCUUCUGGAUGUUCUUGUGUUGAGAGAGAAAAAUGGAAAAAGGGAGACCAAAGUGUUAAACAUACUUCUCUUUAUCAAGGUAAAUGUAUGGAAGUCAUUGUUCGGCAAGGAAGCCGACAAACUGGAACAAGCCAACGAUGAUGACAAAACGUACUACAUCAUUGAAAAGGAACCACUUAUAAACGCCUACAUAUCAGUACCUAAAGAGAAUAGCACAUUAAACUGUGCAGCCUUCACGGGGGGCAUCGUGGAGGCUAUCUUAACCCAUAGUGGCUUCCCAGCCAAAGUUACUGUUCACUGGCAUAAAGGGACCACACUUAUGAUCAAGUUUGAUGAGGCAGUGAUUGCUCGUGAUAAAGCUCUUGAUGGCAGAUAGUGUAUUGCUGUGUAAGAGUCAAGUUUAAAAUGUUACCCUUGAGUCAGACUCAAAUUUACAGGAUAAUAUACAGAGAUAAAAAACAAAAAAGAUCCAUCCUUUUGUUGUUGUUUUUACGCAAUACAAAGUUUUUUUUUUAGUUUUUUUUUUACUUGUCUCAAGUUUGUCCCUGUCCCUCGUUAUAAUAAUGAUGUUACAGAAUAGAUUUUAAUUCUAGGAUAUUAUCAAAGAAUGCAUAAAGAUCAUAACGUUCUCUCUCUAAAAGAAUUGUACCAUACCAACAUGUUUAUAAAUUAUAAUAAAUAAUUAAUUUAAUAGUAUUGAAUAGAAUGUUAUGUUUUAGUCCUAGUAAAGACAUUGAGAUGAGUAUCAAGGGUACAUAUGCAUGUUACUACACUGACAUUGUGUGUGUGUGUGUGUUAAUUGCCCCAGUACUUCCUAGUUAAUAUAGUUGUGCUAGUAAUGGACAUUUGGCAAAAUUAUUAUUAUUAUUAUUAUUAUUAUUAUCUGUACUGGCAGAGACUCAGGUGCUCAUCAUGGAUAUAAGCAGAGAAGUGUCCAGUCAAGACCAUAGUUUCACUGCAGGAGAGGGGGAAUGAGAUCGGAUUUUAUCAGAAAAAAAUGUUUGUAAGUAGUGGGGGAUGAAACGUUUCAGGUUUUUUUUUUUUUGCAGCAUAAAUUAUUACACUUAGUAUUUUAUUGUUAUUUGCUCAUUUUUGUAUAACUCAUAGGUUGAUCUAUGUUUGUGUAUAUGCUGAGGAUUUGCUAGUUUGUAAAUUUGCAUUAAUAGCCACAAAGAUGUUAGAUUUGCAAGCUUAAAGGAAUAGUUCACUCCAAAAUGAAAAUUCUCUCAUUUACUCACCGUCAUGCCAUCCCAGAUGUGUAUGACUUUUUUCUGCAGAACACAAAUUAUGAUUUUUAGAAAAUUAUUUCAGUUCUGUAGGUCCUCGCAAAACAAGUGAAUGGGUGCCAAAAUUUUGGUGCUUCAAAAAGCACAUAAAGGCAUCAUAAAAGCAAUCAAUACAACUCAAUGAAUCAAUAAUGUUUUAACCCAUAUCUUUGGAAGUCAUAUGAUAGGUGUGGGUGAGAAACAGAUCAAUAUUUAAGUACUUUUUUGCUUGAAAUUCUUCUUCCUGCCCAGUAGGGGGUGAUAUGCAUGAAGAAUGUGAAUCACCAAAAACACAAGAAUAAUUUGAAAGUGAUCUGUUUCUCACCUACACCUAUCACAUGACUUCUGAAGAUAUAGAUUUAACCACUGGAGUCUUAUGGAUUACUUUUAUGCUGCGUUCUUAUAUGCAUUUAUGGAGCGUCAAAAUUCUGGCACCCAUUCACUUGCAUUGUCUGGACCAAAAGAACAGAGAUAUUCUUCUAAAAAUCUUUAUUUGUGUUCAGCAGAUGAAAGAGAGUCAUACACAUCUGGGGUGGCAUAAGGAUGAGUAAAUCAUGAGAUAAUUUUAAUUUUGGGGUGAACUAUCCCUUUUAACAAUGUCCUUCCGUCUUUCGUGCUUUGUAAACUGUUAGAAGAGGUGAGGAAAUACGGUUCCUUACAAACCAAGGCAACUAAGUUUCUAUAGUUAUUGAUAAUACUUUGAAAUCAUAAUAAAGUAAUAUGUCCACUGGAAAGAAGCUUUCAGAAUCUU